AGGGAGGCGGGGCGGAGACGGCGGGCGGGUGCGGAGGCCUCAGCCGCCGGACCGGAUCGCUGUGGCUCGGGCGGCGCCUCCCUGCGGCGGCCCGGCCCCGCUCGGCCCCGCCGGGGCGAUGCUCCCCGAGGCCGCAGGAUGAGCGAGGUGAGCGCGGGGACCCCCAGCAACCCCUGCCUGUGACUCGGCUGGCCUGGGCAUGGCGGACCCCGUGGCGGGCAUCGCGGGCUCGGCAGCCAAGAGCGUGCGGCCGUUCCGCUCGAGUGAGGCCUACGUGGAGGCCAUGAAAGAGGACCUGGCCGAGUGGCUCAACGCCUUGUAUGGCCUGGGUUUGCCCAGCGGUGGUGAUGGCUUCCUGACGGGGCUGGCCACGGGCACCACCCUGUGCCAACACGCCAAUGCUGUCACUGAGGCCGCCCGUGCUUUGGCCGCUGCCCGUCCAGCCCGCGGGGUGGCCUUCCAGGCGCACACUGUGGCGCCUGGCUCUUUCAUGGCCCGCGACAACGUGGCCACGUUCAUCGGCUGGUGCCGAACAGAGCUGGGUGUGCCUGAAGUGCUCAUGUUUGAGACGGAGGACCUGGUGCUGCGAAAGAAUGAGAAAAGCGUGGUGCUGUGCCUGCUGGAGGUGGCGCGGCGUGGGGCCCGCCUCGGCCUCCUCGCCCCUCGCCUUGUGCAGUUUGAACAGGAGAUCGAGCGGGAGCUACGUGCUGCACCCCCGGCCCCCCAUGCCCCCAUGGCUGAGGAGGAUGCCCCCGAAACUGCCACCACAGCAGGGGCUCCUGCCCGUGGGCCCCGCAUGACACCCAGCGACCUGCGCAACCUCGACGAGCUGGUGAGGGAGAUCUUGGGCUACUGCACCUGCCCAGACCAGUUUCCCAUGAUCAAAGUCUCGGAGGGGAAGUACCGCGUGGGAGACUCCAGUCUCCUCAUCUUUGUGCGGGUGCUGAGAAGCCACGUGAUGGUGCGCGUGGGUGGCGGCUGGGACACUCUGGAGCACUAUCUGGACAAGCAUGACCCUUGCCGCUGCUCGUCCUCUGCCCACCGCCCGUCCCAGCCCAGGGCUCAAACAUUCUCCCCACAGAGGGUGUCGCCCACCCCCAGCCCUCGCGCUGGCAGCCCAGCCCCUGGGAGUGAGCGACGGAGCUCCCGGCCAGAAGUGACGCCCAUUAGCCUACGCACCUCAAAGGAGGGAACAGAGACCCCCCUCAGGGCCCGGGACCAGCUGCCCCCCCAUCCCCGCUCCCGCCGCUACUCCGGGGACAGCGACUCCUCAGCGUCCUCAGCCCAGAGCGGCCCCCUUGGUGUCCGCUGUGAAGACUCAGGCACCGGCCCCCGGAGGGAGCGGCCCAGCCGGCGUCUGACCACAGGCACCCCGGCCUCCCCGAGACGGCCCCCCGCCCCGCGCACCCAGUCCAGAGACCGACUGGAUCGGGGGCGGCCCCGUGGAGCCCCAGGAGGCAGGGCAGCCCUGCUGUCGGCCGGCAGCCCCGCCCGGCGAGCCCGGAGCCAGAGCCGUGAGGAGCAGACCACGCUGCUGGUGCACAGGGACCGAGAUGGCCAGCACUCGUGGGUGCCCCGGGGCAGGGCCAGCGGGGGCUCAGGCAGGAGCAGCCCCCAGACUGCCCGGGCUCGCAGCCCUGCGGCGCCCCGGCCUCUCCGGGUCUCCAGCCCCAGCCCAGAGGCGGGCGCCACACCGGCCAGCGUCUUCCGCACCCCCCUACAGCUUGACCCGAAGCAGGAGCAGCAGCUGUUCCAGCGCUUGGAAGAGGAGUUCCUGGCCAAUGCCCGAGCCCUUGAGGCCGCUGCUGGCGGGAGCCCUGCAGGACCAGCCUCUGACCCAGCUCGGGCCCCAGACCCCCCAGCUCCUGACUCGGCCUACUGUUCCUCCAGCAGCUCCUCUUCAUCCCUCAGUGUCCUGGGUGGCAAGUGUGGCCAACCUGGGGACUCUGGCCGAAUGGCCAAUGGGCUGCCCGGGCCCCGAGGCCCAGUCCUGUCCAGCUCUUCUGAUGAAGGCAGCCCCUGCCCUGGUGUGGGGGGCCCACCAGACGCACCUGGAAGCCCCCCGGCUGGCCUGGAGCUCCGAAGGACCUGGGCACGGGGCCGGAUGGACACACAGCCAGACCGAAAACCCUCACGCAUUCCCACGCCUCGGGGCCCUCGCCGCCCAUCUGGAUCCACAGAGCCUGGGUCCUGGCAUGCCCUGCACUCUGUGAGCCCAAGGGCAGAGCCGGAUUCCUGGAUGUGAUGAACCAGCCCAGCUGCCCCCGCCCCCAGGCCCACAUUCCUUCUCUUCCUUUUCCUUCGUGGCCUUAACCCCUCUGCAGCAGGGAGCCCCCCCACCCCUGCCUCUCGGGUACCAGACCUCAUGGGACCAGACCCCUUGGGACCACAUGGCACAAUGGGACCUCUGUCGUACAUUCCGGUUGGGGGAUGAGCGUUGCUAUUUAAUUACUAAUAUUAUUGAAUGCCUUAGAGGAGGCCAACGAGGACCCCUCCUGAGGUCCUGUGGCCCUGCAGAGCCUGACAGUAAAGUAUUGUUCCAGCCACUU